GAAAGGGGUUAAGGAGGUUCCUGUACCAUGGCUCGUACAAAGCAGACUGCCCGCAAAUCCACUGGUGGUAAAGCGCCCAGGAAACAACUGGCUACAAAAGCCGCUCGCAAGAGUGCGCCCUCUACUGGAGGGGUGAAGAAACCUCAUCGUUACAGGCCUGGGACUGUGGUGCUCCGUGAAAUUAGACGUUAUCAGAAGUCCACUGAACUUCUGAUUCGCAAACUCCCUUUCCAGCAUCUGGUGCGAGAAAUUGCUCAGGACUUCAAAACAGAUCUGCGCUUCCAGAGUGCAGCUAUUGGUGCUUUGCAGGAGGCAAGUGAGGCCUACCUGGUUAGCCUGUUUGAAGAUACUAAUCUGUGUGCCAUCCAUGCCAAACGUGUAACAAUUAUGCCAAAAGAUAUCCAGCUAGCACGCCGCAUACGUGGAGAACGUGCCUAAGAGUCCAUUAUGGUGGGAAGCAUUUCAUUCUCAAAAAAGUUUUUUUCUCUUCUUCCUGUUAUUGGUAGUUCUGAAUGUUAGAUAUUUUUUUUCCUUGAGGUCAAAAGGUACCUAAGUACAUGAUUGCGAGUGGAAAAUAGGGGACAGAAAUCAGGUAUUGGCAGUUUUUCCAUUUUCAUUUGUGUGUGAAUUUUUAAUAUUAAUGCGGGGAUGUAAAGCAUUAAUGCAAGUCAAAAUGUUUCAGUGAACAAGUUUCAGCAGUUCAACUUUAUAACAAUUAUAAAUAAACCUGUUAAAUUUUUCUGGACAAUGGCAGCAUUUGGAUUUUUUUUUAAACAAGUAAAUUUCUUAUUGACGGCAA